AUGGCAAAACAAGACUUAGCCUUUUCUUCUAGAUUUAUCCCUAAUGCCCUUCAAGCACAAAACUAUUGCAAAUUUUCUAUGUCAUGGCUUCCUGUUUGUCCUCAAUGGCGAAUGCUUCGGAGAAUAUUGAACAUAAAUAUCUUCUCUACCAAUAGGCUUGAUGCAAAUCAACAUCUAAGGUCUCAAAAGGUGAAUGAAUUGAUUGCUUAUUGUGAAAAAUGUUGUCAACAAGGUGAAGCUGUGGAUGUUGGUCAAAUUGUUUUCAAGACUAAUCUCAAUUUAGCGUCAAACACCCUUUUCUCCAAGGAUUUGGUUCAUCUUUAUUCGGAUUCAAAGUUGAAGGUUGAAUUGAAGGACGUGAUCUGGGGCAUCGUUGAUGUUGCUGGGAAGAUCAACCUAGUGGAUUUUUUCCCUUUACUUGAAAAGAAUAAGGCAUCGCACAAACAUCCUUUUUGUGCAGAAAAUCCCCAAGAGAUGGAUCAAAAUUAUGUGAAUUCCAUGCUCCUGGACAUAUUUAUUGGUGGAAUCGAUACAAUUACAAGCACGUUAGAAUGGGCAAUGGCAGAAAUACUUAGACAACCAGAGAUUAUGAAGAAAGUCCAAGCUGAGAUUGCACAAGUCGUUGGAAAAGGAAAACCAAUAAUUUUUGACAGUGAUGGCGGAGGACGGGGUGGCCUAGGCGGGGGUGAUCUUGUUUGGGGGGAGGGGUGGCUGGUGGGCGGGCGGGCGGGGAGAGGGGGGGUGACGUGA